AUGACGGCCACAAUUGCUACGUUUCUAGGAUGCAAGGGACGAACACUCCGCUUCCUUCAAAUCCUGCUUGUUGUUGCACCCGCGUUUAUAUGCUAUGGCUUCGGACAAAAUAGUGUUGGAAACCUCCUCACGAUCGACAGUUGGACCGAAACGUUUCCGCGAAUCGACACAGUUCAUGUGACAGGUGCCCAAAAGUCCAACAACACAACGGUCCAGGGGGCCGUCGUCGCUCUGUUCACAGCAGGCGGCAUGCUAGGCGCCCUCAGCUGCUCGUAUAUAGGGGAUAAACUCGGGCGACGGAGUACCAUCUUCCUUGGUGCUGUCCUGAUUACCAUAGGACAGAUCCUCGAGGCUUCAGCUUUUGGGCUACCACAACUUAUUGUUGGACGACUCUUGCUUGGCCUAGGCGCCGGUGUGCUCAGUGCCACGGUACCAGUGUGGCAGUCAGAAUGUGCCCUGCCUCGAAGCCGCGGCCGACACGUUGUGCUUGUUGGCCUCUUUAUCAGUUUUGGCUAUGUUUUGGCAUCAUGGGUGAGCCUAGGGUUCUUCCAGAUCAAGAAUAGCUCUGUGGCAUGGCGGGUGCCUCUUGCAAUUCCGAAUGUUUUAUCUAUCACCAUUAUGUCAACCAUUUACUUCAUGCCGGAGUCUCCUCGCUGGCUAAUGAAGUAUGGUCGUGUCGAGGAAGCCCGCCAAGCUCUGUCUGCUUUACGAGACAGUUCUGGUGAUUCUGCCGAAGUCAACGCAGAAAUCGGACUCAUCGAAGGGGUGUUAGAGACCACUCAGGCUAGCAUCACCUGGAAACUUUUACGAAACGGUGGGGACAAGAUUGCAUAUCGACUCAUGCUCUGUCUCCUCAUUCAAUUCUGGCAAGAACUGAGCGGCAGCGCACUUGUAGCCAUCUACGGCACCAUAAUCUUCCAGCAAAAUCUCCAACUUGACAGUCAGUUGUCACGGAUUCUCUCCGGCGCUGCUGUCUCUUGGAAGUUUUUGUCCGGGUUUGUCGCGUUUGCCACAGUUGACCGCCUUGGCCGUCGUCGUCUCUUCAUGAUUAGUGGCACUGGCAUUGGUCUCUGUAUGAUGGCACUGGCUAUUAGCACAUCAUACCCGAAGGACAAUCACGCCGCUUCAGUGGCUUCAGUCUUCUUUCUCUUCUUGUUCAACUUUUUCGUCCCGUUGGGCUUUCUCGGCGUCAACUAUUUAUACUGCUCCGAAGUAUCGCCAAUUAGGUUUCGCACCCCUAUGGUCUCAAUUUCGACGGCUAAUCACUGGAUGUGGGCAUAUGUUAUUACAAUGGUGACACCAGUGGCCCUCGAUACUAUUGGGUACAAAUACUACAUUAUGUUUUGUCUCGUGUGCGCUACGAUUCCUCCAACGGUAUAUUUCAUCUUUCCAGAAACAAUGGGACACAAUUUGGAGGAUAUUGAACGCAUAUUCCAAGAGGCCGAUAGUCCCCGCCAAACCGUUGCUCUUGCCCGACAAUUGAAGCACACUACCCACGGCUUAGAGAUCCUAUCCAAAAGCAAAGGAGCUAUGGCGGAAACCGUGGAGUAUAUAGAAGACCCUGAGAAGUAG